UCAUUUGAAAUUUUGAUUAAUUAGAAUUUUGACGUUUUUGUCUGUGUAUGUUGUGGGGAAUAGUGGAAUGGUGAUUUCCAGCAAUUUUCUUUUACGUUUUUUAUCUUUUUGUUAGAAAUUGUAACGUGUAGACUAUUCCUCAACUAUUUCAAUGAAAAUGUCGAAGUCCAAUGAUAGAACCCCCAGUCAUAUAACCUACAAGCUUGUAAUAGUUGGAGGAGGUGGUGUAGGAAAAUCCGCAAUAACAUUACAAUUUAUUCAGAGUUAUUUUGUAACUGACUAUGAUCCUACAAUAGAAGAUUCCUACACCAAGCAAUGCGUCAUAGAUGAUAUUCCUGCAAAGUUGGACAUUUUGGAUACAGCUGGUCAAGAAGAAUUCAGUGCUAUGCGUGAACAAUAUAUGAGAUCAGGUGAAGGAUUUCUGUUGGUAUUUUCAGUCACAGAGCGAUCUAGUUUUGAUGAAAUUUACAAAUUCCACAAGCAAAUACUACGAGUUAAGGAUCGGGACGAGUUUCCAAUGCUAAUGGUGGGCAAUAAGGUUGAUUUGGAACAGCAAAGAGUGGUGUGGCAAGAGGAGGCGCAACAAUUAGCGCGCAACCUCAAAAUCCCAUACAUUGAGUGUAGCGCAAAAAUGCGAAUGAAUGUGGACAAUGCGUUCUAUGAACUGGUAAGGGUAGUACGUAAGUUCCAAUUGUCCGAAAGGCCGCCGUUGAAAGCCAACUAUAUGAAAAGGGACAAAAAGAGGUGCUGUAUUCUAUAAUUUAUCUCUUCUGACGGCCCGUCGCAACUGUUGUAUGUUUUUGAUUCAAAAACGUAUCUUGUUUGUAUUAUGUAGAUAACGCAUUUCAUACACAAAACAGACUUUUGCAUUCACCUGCCAAACCAUUUCAGGCUUAAAGUGCAAGUUUUAGCAGGUUUUUGUCCUGACGCAAUACUGCAGGUAUUCCAAACGGGUUUAGGUUUAACUCAACAAAACCCGAAUGGAAUAGUUUUGGUAUUGUCGAGGACAAAUGUAACAUUAAGCACAAAGAGAUUUUUCCUUGUAAAUAAUUUCAAUACAUUUUAAUUGAACAAACGACGCUGUGCUUUCGGGAAACAACAUCGCUUACUUUGCACUGUCUGCUUAAAUCUGAAACAGCUAUAAUGUUAUGGACAAAUGAUAAUCCCAGUUUCAUGUAUAGUAUAAAAUUACAC